AUGUCGAAACAUAAAGGCGUCAAUGCGCGUUGAUUGUGGCUACCAUGGAAUUAGUCCGUUGGAUUGCUUGAGAAAGGGAUGUUGUUAUGGCGAAUUAAAGGUGGCUGGCCCGUGGUGUUAUCAUCGAAAAGCAAACUGUCCCAUGAUUGAAGCAAACAAACGUGAAGAUUGUGGUUACCCUGGGAUAAGCAAAUCAGAUUGCGUCAAAAAAGGAUGCUGUUACAACGCGAUCAAGGAAAAGGGACCGUGGUGUUAUUACAGGCAAGAAAAAUGCCGGAAAAUAGCAGCAACAAGACGUCAUGAUUGUGGUUAUCCAGGCAUAACGAAGCGGGCAUGCGAGAAGAAAGGCUGUUGUUAUAGUGAAUUGCUAAACCAAAGUGGACCGUGGUGCUACCACCGCCUAGAAAAAUGUCUGCGCAAAGCAACAGAACGUGACGACUGCGGCUAUCCUGGUAUAACAGAAUUCGAAUGCAUGAAAAGAGGUUGCUGCUAUAAUUCAUUGCCCGGUCGUGGGCCAUGGUGUUAUUACCGAUGAGAUACGAGGACCUUCGGAAGAUUAUAUGCGAACUUUAGUGUACUCAUUGUUGUAAAAAUAUGUUGUCAAAUAAAUACCUCUAAUAUAUGAACUUUU